UAGUCUUAAAGAAGGAACUCUUAAUUGGGAAAUGGUGCAAUUCAAGUCACAAUUUCCGCGUGAAGUUUUAUUAUGCAGAGUUGGGGAUUUCUAUGAGGCAAUUGGCAUUGAUGCCUGCAUUCUUGUGGAAUAUGCUGGACUAAAUCCUUUUGGUGGUCUGCGUUCAGACAGCAUUCCAAAAGCUGGUUGUCCUGUUGUGAAUUUACAGCAGACAUUGGGUGAUCUGACACGUAAUGGCUUCUCUGUUUGCAUAGUGGAGGAAGUUCAGGGUCCUACUCAAGCUCGGACUCGUAAAAGUCGUUUUAUAUCUGGACAUGCACAUCCGGGUAGUCCUUAUGUCUUUGGACUUGUUGGAGAUGAUCAUGACCUGGACUUUCCAGAACCAAUGCCUGUAGUUGGUAUAUCUAGUUCGGCCAAGGGAUAUUGCAUGAUUUCGGUGCUGGAGACUAUGAAGACUUAUUCUGCAGAAGAUGGUCUAACAGAAGAAGCUUUAGUUACUAAGAUCCGUACUUGUCAAUGCCAUCAUUUGUUCCUGCAUUCGUCAUUAAAGAACGAUUCUUCAGGAACUUGUCGCUGGGGAGAGUUUGGCGAAGGUGGGCUGUUAUGGGGAGAAUGCAAUUCAAGACAAUUCGAAUGGUUCGAAGGCAAUCCAGUGAACGAACUUUUGUUUAAGGUGAAAGAGCUUUAUGGCCUUGAGGAUGAUGUUACAUUCCGAAAUGUCACUGUUACUUCAGAAGAUAGGCCCCGCCCUUUACACCUUGGGACAGCCACACAAAUUGGUGCUCUACCAACUGAAGGAAUACCAUGUCUGCUCAAAGUACUGCUUCCAUCAAAUUGUACUGGUCUACCUGUUCUGUAUGUUAGAGAUCUUCUGCUGAAUCCUCCUGCAUAUGAGAUUGCAUCAACAAUUCAAGUGCUUAAAAAGAAUUUUUGUCUGGCUGCAGAAGCAUGCAAACUUAUGAGCAAUAUAACAUGCACCAUUCCUGAAUUUACCUGUGUUCCUUCAACCAAGCUUGUGAAGUUGCUUGAGUUGAGGGAGGUCAAUCAUAUUGAGUUUUGCAAAAUUAAAAACUUGCUUGACGACAUACUGCAAAUGUACAGAAGUCCAGAGCUCAAUGCAAUCCUGAAGUUAUUAAUGGAUCCUACUUGGGUGGCAACUGGGUUGAAAGCUGAAUUGGAGACAUUAGUGAAUGAAUGUGAGUCUGUAUCUUGUAGAAUUGGUGAGAUAAUCUCUUUAGAAGGUGAAAAAGAUCAGAAGAUGAGCUCCUAUACUGCAAUACCAAACGAGUUUUUUGAAGAUAUGGAGUCAUCAUGGAAAGGUCGCAUCAAGAGGAUUCAUUUAGAGGAAGAAUUUGCUGAAGUCGAUGAAGCUGCAGAGGCCUUAUCUAUAGCUGUCAAAGAAGAUUUCCUUCCUAUACUCUCAAGAAUCAAAGCCACAACAGCUCCACUUGGAGGGCCCAAGGGAGAGAUAUUAUAUGCUCGUGAGCAUGAAGCUGUAUGGUUCAAGGGAAAACGUUUUACACCUUCUGUUUGGGCUGGUACGCCUGGAGAAGAACAAAUUAAACGACUCAAAUCUGCUCUAGAUUCAAAAGGUAAAAAAGUUGGAGAAGAAUGGUACACCACAUUGAAGGUGGAGGAAGCACUAGCAAGGUAUCAUGAGGCUGGUGAGAAGGCAAAAUCAAAGGUCUUGGAAUUGUUAAGGGAACUUUCUACGGAGCUACAAACGAAAAUCAAUAUCCUAGUUUUUGCAUCCAUGUUGCUUGUCAUUGCGAAGGCAUUAUUUGGCCACGUGAGUGAAGGGAGGAGAAGAAAAUGGGUUUUCCCAACUCUCAAUCGAUGUCACAGAGUUCAGGAUGAAGAUGCUGAUGGGAUGAAGAUAACGGGGCUAUCUCCUUACUGGUUUGAUGCAGCACACGUUAGUGCAAUACGAAACACAGUUGAUAUGAAAUCACUGUUUCUCUUGACGGGGCCAAAUGGGGGUGGGAAAUCAAGCUUGCUGCGAUCAAUUUGUGCUGCUGCAUUACUUGGAAUAUGCGGAUUCAUGGUGCCUGCAGAAUCAGCUAUUAUUCCUCAUUUUGACUCCAUUAUGUUGCACAUGAAAUCUUAUGAUAGCCCUGCUGAUGGAAAGAGUUCAUUUCAGAUUGAAAUGUCAGAGAUUCGCUCUAUUAUCAUGGGAGCCACUUCAAAAAGUCUUGUGCUUAUAGAUGAAAUUUGCAGAGGGACAGAAACGGCAAAAGGGACAUGUAUUGCUGGCAGUGUAAUAGAAACGCUCGAUGCAACGGGUUGCCUGGGUAUUGUGUCAACACACUUGCAUGGGAUUUUUGAUUUGCCAUUGCGAACUAAGCAUGCUGUUUAUAAAGCUAUGGGAUCAGAAUGUAUUGAUGGUCAAACAAUACCAACAUGGAAAUUGAUUGAUGGGAUCUGCAAAGAGAGCCUAGCAUUUGAAACAGCUCAGAGAGAAGGGAUUCCUAAACCAUUAAUUCAAAGAGCUGAGGAAUUGUAUCGUUCUGUUUAUGCUAAAGAUCCAUUAAGAACAUAUCAGCCAAAAACAAAGCACUUUACUGCUUCUACAGAUGUUCAUGUAUCUGAUAAAGCUAGUAGAAGACAAAGUGAUGAUGCAGAAAAAGAUGUGCGUCCCCUGACUGAGUCACUGAACCCAGUGGAAAAAUUGCGCAUAGAAGUGGAGAAUGCUGUAAUUAGCAUCUGUCAGAAACGGCUAACUGAGCUUUACCAAAAGAAGAAUGCAUUAGAGCUUCCAGCAAUGAAAUGUGUUCUAGUUGCUGCCCGGGAACAACCGCCUCCAUCGACUAUUGGCAAUUCAACUGUGUAUGUGAUUCUUAGACCUGACAAAAAUCUCUAUGUUGGCGAGACUGAUGAUCUAGAGGGUCGAAUCCAUGCACACCGCUUAAAAGAGGGAAUGCAGAAUGCCUCAUUCCUCUAUUUCUUGGUACCUGGGAAGAGCAUCGCUUGCCAAUUAGAAACUCUUCUGAUCAACCAGCUUCCUGGUAAAGGCUUCCACUUGAUCAAUGUAGCCGAUGGAAAGCAUCGUAAUUUUGGCACUUCUGACCUCUUAUUAGAAAACGUGUCAUUGGUUAGAUAACUCUAUGAUCACUAUCUACAAUCUUUUGAAAGAUGCAAUGUAAUGUAUAGGGAAAAUGAAAAGUUAAUGUGAACCUUGUAGUGGAAUAUGAUUGCAUACAGCCUACAAGUUAAUGUGAGCCUUGUCACUGAUGGUUCAAGUUGCUCCACUGAUGCAUGAUUAUCUUUCCAUGGUAUUCAGUGAAUGUUAAGCUGUUCUUGGCUAGUUUUGGCAAACUUCUGUUCA